AAAUACAUGUGCAGGCUGCCACAUAGAACAGUGUCGUCAUCAUUUUGAAGACAUGUAUUUGAAACUUGUAUUGGCUUCUUUUGGUCUUAUAUGUGUAGGUGUUGCCUCAGGUUCUACCUCAACCACCUGCUACACUUGCUUUGGUAUUGAAGACGAGUCCUCUCAAGAACUUCUCAACUGUCGUCGCAUGAUUAAUAUAACCGCAACUGACCGUUGUUCGGGUUCACCACGUGCAUAUUGCAUAUUUUAUUAUGGAAAUACUAUAAGAAAUCAACCGGUUGUUACUAGAGCUGUGAGAAAGUGUUCUCUGUAUGAUUGUCAGUAUUACAGGGAAUGGAGCGCAGCAAACUUACAUUGUUCGCACUGCGAAGAAAGCUAUUGCAAUAUAUUCCAAAUGUGAAAAUUUUUGAUCAAUAAGACCAAGCCUCUAAGCAUACUAUAUACUAAUUAUGUUAUUGAUGUUUCUUAUUAUUGUUGUUCUUUUUUCUUUGAUAUAUCCUCUAGACUAUAAAAUGUAAUAAUUAUGUUCUAAUAUACGUAUUUAC